AAUUUGGAUCUAUAUGUGGCAGAUUGUGGAAAUAAUCGAAUUCAAUUGUUUCAGCUAGGAAAAUCAAAUGGCAUCCCUGUGGCUGGAUUUACAUCAUCAAAUCCACACCGAAUUACACUUAGUUGUCCCAGUGAAAUUGUAUUAGAUGCUUGGAAAUAUUUAUUCAUUGUGGACCGGAAUAAUCAUAGCAUUGUUGGUUCAGGCUCAAAUGGUUUUCGACCUUUAUCUAAAUCUAAUAAAAUGGGUUCAGAAUCCAAUCAAUUGUCUAGUCCAUCUAGUUUUAGUUUCGAUCGUUCUGGAAACAUGUUUGUAGCUGAUACAGAGAAUCAUCGAAUUCAAAAAUUUAACUAUAAAAUAAAAUCUUGUGCCAAUACUUUCUCACCUGUCCGAAAUACGUAUCCAUCAUCAUUGACUAAGAAUAAUCAAAUGUAUUACCGAGAUUGUAAGAAAGAAAUUGUUUACUAUGAAUCUAUUCAAGUGAAGGUGAUUGAAACUGGUUACUACACUUUUCGUAGUAGUGGUAACAUCGAUUCAUAUGGAUUUAUUUACGAAAACAAAUUUAAUCCACUUGAUCCAUUAGAGAAUUUGCUUAGAGCAGCUGAUGACAGCGAUUCUGAUCUUCAAUUCAAAUUUGAUCUUCAUCUUGACGUUGAUAUGAUAUAUGUAUUGGUUGUGACAACAUAUCCAUCAAAAGAAACUGGACAAUUUUCGAUUGAUGUGUCGGGUAAAACCAAAGUUACUCUCGAGUGUCUUUAUACUCCAUUAAAUAUUCAAUUAAUAUAUUCAUCAAAAUUAACCGAUAAUAGUCCAAAAUUUUAUCGAGAUUGUCAAGUACCGCAAUGCCAUUAUGAAACUUUACAAAUUCAUGUUAAUACAACGGGUUUGUAUGUUCUUUCGAGUGAAAGUAAUAUUAAUGCAUAUGGAUAUAUCUACAAAAAUGAUUUCAAUCCUCUAAACCCAUCUGAAAAUUUACUUCUAUCACAUGGCGGUGAAUGUAAUGUUGGACAAUUCAAAUUAAUCAUCGAUCUCGAGAUCAACACUCGAUACAUAUUGGUAGUGACAACACACGAAUCUAAGAUAACUGGAAACUUUUCUAUUUCUAUCUUUGGACCAAACAAUGUCAGCCUUAGUCCUUUCAGUAAGUAUUUAUAUGAUUUAUUUGAUAACAAAUAUAUAAUGCCAUAA